ACAUUCAUUGUUCGACAAUUUGCAACUUGUUUCAUAAAAUUCCUAGCUUCAUAUACACCAACUAUAUAUUCUAUAAUAAUAUAAUAUUAUUUUUAUCUAUAUCAUGGGCGGUGGUUCGAAUUCCAACAACGACGACACAACAUACGCACCAUCGAAACCGGAGGUAUGCGCCAACGGUUGUGGCUUCUUUGGGACACCGGCGACAAACGGUUAUUGUUCAAAGUGUUACCGAGAUAUCAGAUCACAUGAAGAACAAGCUGUAGCUGCUGUCGGUCAACUUGUCAACAAGGUUUCUGUCACCUUGCCGAAACAAACUACUACUCCUAUAAAUGAUUUUACGUCAACUUCUUCUUCUUCGGGGCCUGAAACGGCCGGACCGGUUGAACCGGUUGUGGUGAAGAAAGUUUCGAACCGGUGUUUGAGUUGUAACAAGAAAGUUGGUGUGAUGGGGUUCAAGUGCAAGUGUGGAGAUACUUUUUGUGGGAAUCAUAGGUACCCUGAGAUGCAUGCUUGCGAGUUUGAUUUUAAGAAAACUGGUAAAGAUGCCAUCGCUAAAGCUAACCCGGUUAUUAAAGCUGAUAAGCUGAACCGGUUCUGAUAUGUUGAGCCGGUUUGUUGUUAGCUCGUGGUUGGUUUGGUUAGAGGGGAAGUUAGUUUUUUUUUCCUUUUCUUUUUAGAUUAGAUUUUAUUGGUGUUAAAUUUGAUAAAAAUUGUCAUAAAGUAUGAUUGGAUGGUGUUCAAUUCAGUGUGUUUUAUUA